AUGCGCAAGUGCAAGAUCUUCGUAGGGUCGUCACACCCUGAGUUGGGCCAACUUGUUUGCGAAAGGCUAGGGGUAUUACCAGCACCAUGCACGUUGAAGAAGUUUAGCAAUGGCGAGACGUCAGUGCAAAUUGGGGUUAGUGUGCGAGAUGAGGAUGUGUAUAUUAUACAGAGUGGGUCACCGCACAUCAACGACCAUAUCAUGGAGCUCUUGAUAUUGAUCAGUGCGUGUCGAGGUGGCAGUGCCAAUAAGAUCACUGCAGUGAUUCCGCAGUUUCCGUACAGCAAGCAGAGCAAGAUGAAGAAGCACCGGGGAGCCAUUACUGCGAGGAUGUUGGCGAACUUGUUGGUAAUGGCGGGAGCGGACCAUAUUGUGAGCAUGGACCUUCAUGCCAGUCAGAUGCAAGGAUUCUUCACCAAGCCUGUGGAUAAUCUAUUUGGGGCACCUACCUUGGCGCGAUGGAUUAGACACAACAUUGAAGACUGGGAGAGGUCAGUUGUUGUUUCGAAAAACCCUGGAGGCACAAAGAGAGUAACUGCGUUGGCCGACUCGCUUAAGAUCAAUUUUGCUAUGAUUCAUACCGAUAGGAGACGCACGCAGGAUGAGUAUGCGAGGAAGAAGGCGUUAAAGACAACAAAGAUUACAGAUGAGGAAGAAGAUAAUAUAGUAAAUGAAUUACAAACGGCGCGCAUUGUGCAGGGCCAUGUUGUUGAUGACGAGUGGGAGGGGGAAAAAGAGAAGGCAGGGGCAGCAGCAACCGCAGCAGCAACCGCAACCUCUGCCUCUGCCUGUGCCUCUGCCCCUGCUUCCUUAGACAGUGAUGUUCUUGGCGGGUCGUACGAUGUGACCAACUCCGACGACGAGGACGAGCCGUUGGUGGAGGAGAAGUUGAUUACCCUUGUAGGGGAUGUCAAGGAUAAAGUAGCGAUCAUACUCGAUGAUAUGAUAGACAAGCCCAACUCGUUUAUUGCUGCUGCCGAGCACUUGAGGUUGAACUGUGGUGCAAAAGCUGUGUAUGUAGUUGGCACGCACGGAGUGUUUAACGAUUCCUGUUUGGAUGCAUUAACGGAGUCGAGGUGUAUUGACAAGAUAGUUGUUACCAACACUUAUCCUAUAUUACAAGGUCGUAUUGAGGCGCACCGGAAUAAGUUGGUGGUGAUUGAUGUUAGUCCGAUAUUUGCUGAGUGUAUAAGAAGAGACCACUUUGGAGAGUCAAUUUCGGUCUUGUUUGACUCGCUUGCAGACGCGACACUAUCGAGACGCGACACUAUCAACACUAUCGACACUAUCGAGCAGAGCGAGAUAGUGGAGCAACGUCACAAUUGA